AUGGCACCUAAUCGGGUGGCUGGUGGAAUGGCACAUUCUCCUGCUUCUGGCAUCUUUUUUCCAGGAGAUGGUCCUUCUCAAGCUGUGGCUAACUCUAAUUUAAGUUCAUCUAUGGGGAACUCAUCAAUAACAAUGCCUGGAAAUGGAUGUGCCAAUCUAGGUACAAUUUCAGGUGAUGUUAGUAAUACAGUCUUGAACAGCGUUCCUAGCUCAGGUCCCAGUGUCGCUGCUAGCUCAUUAGUCACUGAUGCAAAUUCAGCUCUCUCAGGAGGUCCUCAUCUCCAGAGGAGUGCAAGCAUCAAUACAGAGUCCUACAUGAGGUUGCCUGCAUCACCCAUGUCGUUUUCAUCCAACAAUAUAAGCAUAUCUGGCUCCUCAGUUGUUGAUGGAUCAUCUGUGAUCCAGCCAAACUCCAGUCAAGACCCAAAUUCCCAACCAUCACGGCACAAUCAGCAGCAUCAAGGAGCUUCUACUGCCACAUCCUUGCCAACCCCACGUGGAGGGCAAGUUCAACUUCCAAAUGGUUCACAACUGCCGGGAUCGUUAAUUCAGGACCCUGGCUAUACAUCACAAUUACAGAAGAAACCCCGUUUGGACAUUAAGCAGGAAGAUAUCCUCCAAAAGCAAGUGCUUCAGCAAUAUUUGCACAGACAAGAAUUAGCGCAUCUGCAGAACCCUAAUUCUCAGUUGCAAGCAUUAAUUCAGCAACAAAGGUUAAGGCAGCAGCAACAGCUGUUACAAUCUAUGCCUCCAAUUCAGAGGGCGCAGCUACUGCAGCAACAGCAGCAGCAGCAGCAGCAAUUGCAGUUAAGACAGCAGCUUCAACAACAGGGGGCGCAGCCUGUAUCUGCUAACAAGCGGCCCUAUGAUGGUGGGGUCUGUUCUCGCAGACUAAUGCAAUACUUAUAUCACCAGCGGCAAAGACCCCAAGACAAUAGCAUUGCUUAUUGGAGAAAGUUUGUUGCUGAAUAUUACUCCCCGCGUGCUAAAAAGCGGUGGUGCUUGUCAUUGUAUGAAAAUGUUGGACAUCAUUCUUUAGGAGUAUUUCCCCAGGCUGCCAUGGAUGCAUGGCAAUGUGAUAUUUGUGGGUCAAAGUCUGGAAGAGGAUUUGAGGCAACUUUUGAAGUGCUUCCCCGACUAAAUGAAAUCAAAUUUGGAAGUGGGGUCAUCGAUGAGCUUUUGUUUUUGGACUUGCCGCGUGAAUGCAGAUUCUCUUCUGGGAUAAUGAUGCUGGAAUAUGUUAAGGCAGUACAAGAAAGCGUAUAUGAGCAACUACGGGUUGUUCGCGAGGGACAGCUUCGUAUUAUCUUUGCCCCUGAUUUGAAGAUAUUAUCAUGGGAAUUUUGUGCGAGGCGUCAUGAGGAGUUGCUCCCUCGUAGAUUGGUUCAGCCACAGGUGACUCAAUUGCUACAGGUUGCCCAGAAAUGUCAAAGCACCAUAUCAAAAAGUGGGGCAGAUGGAGUCUCUCAGCAAGAUUUGCAGACAAACAGUAAUAUGGUUGUGACAGCUGGUCGUCAACUUGCACGGAGUGUUGAUUUGCAGUCUCUGAAUGACUUGGGAUUUUCAAAGAGAUAUGUGCGGUGCUUACAGAUUUCUGAGGUUGUCAAUAGCAUGAAAGACCUAAUGGACUUCUGCAGAGAAAAUAAAGUUGGCCCAGUUGAGGGCUUGAAAAAUUUUCCCCGACAUGUUAGUGCAGUCAAGCUUCAGCCACAGAAGAUGCAGGAAAUGGAUCAGCUGGGAGGAGGUAUUCAAGGUCUACCUACUGACCCAAGCGCAAUUAAUAAGCUCAUGUCUAUGCAUCCUGGACUGCAGUUAGGCGGUAAUCAGCCCAUGGUUGGGAGAGGUGCACUAAGCGGGUCUGCUCAAGCGGCCCUUGAAUUAACAAACUACCAAAAUUUGCUCUCAAGACAGAACUCAAUGAACUCAAGCCGCAGUUCACUUCAGCAGGAGCCAUCCCCCUCUUUCAGUAGUCCUAAUCAGGUUCCUUCUUCCCCAAUGCAAGGGCCUUCAGGUGGUGCCCCAGGAAGCAUGCAGAGUUCAUUACCUGGUGGAUUGUCAGGUGGCCAUCCACAGCAGCAGCAGCCGCUGCAGCAGCGGCUAGCUUUACUUCAGCAAAACAAUGCUGCGCAACGAAGUCAGACACUACAGCAGCAGAUGAUGCAGCAACAUACCCAGGAUAUGAGUAAUAACAGCAGUGGAAGUGGAAUCCAACAACAAACCCUUAACAAUAGUGGUGGUGGGAACAUGUCGAGGGACGGAGUUCUAUAUGGUGGUACUAGGACUUCCGGAGGAAGUGCUACAACUGGAAAUGGACCUAGUAGUGUUAUGGGACCGGCUCCAAGUAGAAGCAAUAGUUUCAAAGGCGCUUCAAACAGUGAAUCCUCUGGGCCUGGAGGAAAUAGUAGCUUCAACCAGAAAUCUAUGGAACUACCUCAGGGUCUUCACUUGUCAGAAGAAAUGGUACCUGACAUACCAAACGACUUCCCAGAGAGUAGUUUUCUUGGCAGUGACCUUGAUGAUAACAUGAAUUUUGAUUGGAAGGCUUAACUUUAAUGUAAUUUGUUUCAGAAAGAUGUGCUUUUUUUUUCUUUUUUUUUUCGUCCCUGAAAAUAUGUUUGUACAGUAGGCUUGGAUCCCUCAUCUCAACAUUUUCACAGCUCUC